GUAGGUGAUUACUGCUUUGGUUACUAAAGGUGCUUGUUUUAGUUAGGGUUUCUUUUCCUGUGAUAAAAACACCAUGACCUGGAAAGAAGAGGGAUUCUAUCAGCUUCCAGUCCCACAUCACUGUUCACUGAAGCUUAUUUUGCUCCUUACAACUUGCUCAGUCUGAUUUUAUAAAGCACCCAAGAUCACCAGCCCAGUGGUGGCUCUAUCCAUAGUGAACUGGGGCCUCCCAAAUCAGUCAUCAAGAAAAUUCAGUACAGGCUUGUCCACAGGCCAAUCUGGUGGGGCGUUUUCAUAAUUGCCUUCUAAAAUGACUCUAGUUUAUGUUGAGUUGACAUAAAACUAACCAGCAUAGUCCUAUAUAUUCCUACAUUUGUAAAUGAUCAUCUUUAGGCACAAAAACCCUUGGAGCCAGUCUCAAUUGCAGGUUGGUACUGGGCUGAGUGAGGGCUAGGCAUCCAAAGUGGAGCCAGUGUCUCAUUCACUGCAGAGCUGUGGUCCCCAGGAUAGCUAGUCCUGUGUUCUUUGGGAGAACCACAGGUAUCUGAGGGCUAUUUGGUAACUUGCAGAAAUGAACCCAUCUGUGUUGCUGAAGUUUUAUCUCAGGGUAUAAUCCCUCCUGCUUCAAGCUGCUACUUGACUGCUGGCCUGGUUGGUCUGCAGGUUUCUGCUAUAUUCCCUAUUGCAUUUCUAUCACAUUCCUUGAUUCUCUGUGUUCAAUGCUAUCUCUGGCAUAGCACAACCCUUUGGUCUCAUGUUUAUGAAUAGCACUCCUAUGACUGCUUCGACAUUACACAGUGGCCUGGAGCUUGGAGAAGUGCCUAUGUCAGACCUAUACCAAGGAGCAUUCCCGUUUCUGUUCUGAAGGUCAUGGUAGUUAUUAGCUGGCAUAGUUGGGUUCUCUGCUCAGAUCCUAGGUUGAAAUCUGUAUAAUGUCAUUGGGGAGGGGAAAUGUGCUUAUAUAUAUUGUAAAAUAUUGCUACCAACAGCAGCUGACUUGAGCCCUUCAUGUCUUGGAUACACUAAGUGGCUAGGACUGUUGUGGUAAAAGGUUCCCAUGUGGGUUAAAUUUCUUGGGACGGGCCAUCUAGGCUACAAACUGAUAAUUGCCUGUAUCCUUAAGAAUGGCUGGAUUGGGACUUUAUCCUGUCUCUAUCCCCUCCCUGACCAACAGUGGCUGCUUUACACUGUGAACUUUGCAUCAGGAAUUUCUACCUAGAGAACACUCAGGAUUGCACAGCUGACCUAGAAGCAUUGCUGGUAAAAGGUGAUGGUAUGAGUUAGGUUUGCCUCUGGGUUCUUCCAGUCAACUCUUCCACACCUGCUAGCACAGGUGCUACUGUGCAGUGAAGGGGUAUAUCAGGCCACUUGGUGUCUUCCCAUGUUGCCAUCCCUGCCCUCCCCUUCAGAUUAUCCCUACUUUUUGUUCUUUGUAGCUGCUUAUCUAGACUGUUCUGUGAAUGUUCUGGUGGUUCAGUUAUGGAACCCUUUCUCCCUUCUGUAAUGUGUUGGGGCUAUUUGACGUUGGAAUAAUAUAGUGCUGGAGGGAUUGAGGUCUGUUUAAAAUGUCCUAGGUAGGUUUCUCUGCUUCAGUUGUUAACUAAUCUGCAAGCUGGGUAAAUAGCCAUAUCCCUGCUUCUGUUCCCAGACUGGAUACCCAGGUGUCCUGUGAACUUGCUUCCUCGAGCUGCUGUAACUAAGUGCCAAAUCUGGUUGGACUAAAGCUAGAGAUUAUUGUCUCUUGGGUCUGUCUCAUGGUUUAAUGAAGGUUCUUGCUGCCACAGCCACUGCAAGUGCUGGGGAAAGGUGUUGCAAGUCUACAUCUGAUAGCAUUCUGGGCUCCUUUAUGCAUUAUUUCAAAGGGCACACAUUAAGUCCUCUGUGCAUGUUUCUAAAUUUACAUGAAGACUAUAUUGGAUCAGAGGUCACUGGGAGCAUCAUUUUGUCACUAUAAAGGACCACAUUUCCAAAGGUUAUGAGUUACUGGGGCUUAACUUCAACAUACAUAUAUUUUUGGGACGUAGUUGGAAUCACAAGGUGUAAAAAACUCGUUUCCUCAAGCCAACUGUUACUUACAAUACAGGAAUUUUCUUGAGGGCUUCUGCGUCUACUUGAGAUCAGGUUUUUAUUCCUCUUUCCCUAAGCCGUUGCUUUUUGCUCCCCGCCCCUAGCAGGACUGUUUCCUGCGGUCCUCCGGUAGGUAGGGGGCGCAGCAUUUCCGCUGUCUCUGCCAGACCGGAAAUUUCUUCCCUGGGUCGGACGUGACUUAGGAAAGUGGAGAGUCUGUGUCGCGCACGCAUCUUUUGGUUUUGACUUGAUGGCGGGCAGCUGGUCAGGCAUGCUGCAGACUCUGCAGGCAGUGGACACUGAACUUACUGCGGACUCGGUGGAGUGGUGCCCAGUAGAGGGUUGCCAGCACCUGAUGGCCUGCGGAACCUACCAGCUGCGAACGCCCGAGGACCAGCCUGCCCUGGAUGUCAACGAGCCUCAAGUUCGUUUAGGUCGUCUUUACCUGUACAGUUUCAAUGAGGACAACACGACUAAACCUCUGGUUGAGGUCCAUAGAAGGGAUUCUUCUGCCAUCCUGGACAUGAAAUGGUGCCAUAUCCCAGUGUCUGGCCACAUACUUUUAGGCUUGGCAAAUGCGAGUGGAUCUGUAGAGCUGCUCCGCCUGACAGAAUAUGAGAAGAACAGCUACACCUUACAACCAAUAUCCAGCCUUACCCUGGAGGAGAGAGCUCUGUCCUUGUCCCUAGAUUGGUCAACUGGGAAACCUGGAAGGACCAGAGACCAGCCCUUGAAGAUCAUUAGCAGUGAUUCUAAGGGACAGCUGCAUCUCCUGAUGGUUAAUGAGGGAGCGGCUGAACUGCAGCUCGUGGCUUCAUGGCCGGCCCAUCACUUUGAGGCCUGGAUUGCUGCUUUCAAUUACUGGCACACAGAACUCGUGUAUUCAGGGGGAGAUGACUGCCUUCUGAGAGGCUGGGACACCAGGAUUCUUGGCACACCUGUCUUCACUAGCAAAAGACACUCCAUGGGCGUGUGCAGCAUCCAGAGCAACCCCCAUCAGGAACAUAUACUGGCUACUGGAAGUUAUGAUGAGCAUGUUCUGCUUUGGGACACUCGGAACAUAAAGCAGCCGUUGGCAGAUGUGCCAGUGCAAGGAGGCGUAUGGAGGCUCAAGUGGCACCCAGUCUACCACCACCUACUCCUGGCGGCUUGCAUGUACAAUGGCUUCAAGAUUCUCAACUGCCAGAAGGCCAUUGAGGAGAAGCAGGACGUGACUGUCUCAAUAUCCCAGGAAAUGCCUAACUCAUUAGUGUAUGGGGCUGACUGGUCCUGGCGUCUUUGCCAUUCCACGAAACCCGCAUCUACCUGCUCCUUUGAUCAGAAUGAGAUGGGAACCAGAGCUGCAGACCGCUCCAGUCUGAAGGUUGCCGAGGAGCCACCAGUGCCUUUCCAUGAACAAGUAGUGGACCACCACAUGGGUGGUCCUGCUAACACUCCCAGUAGAGCUGAAUCGGAGGCUUCUCUCCUUCCAGUAACAGAGGACAUGAAAAGCAGCAGCCAAUUACACUCCUCUUCCAAGAUGUGUGAUCUCAACCUCUUCUCUGGUGGAGGGAAUUUUGACAAUAGCCUCCUGGCCACCUGCUCCUUUUACAACCACGUUCUCCACCUCUGGAAGUGGAGGACAACGCAAGCUUGAGGCUGCACUCCUUGCGUUUAUACUGGACAUGACCUGGGAGUGCUGGCCUUUGAGAAUGGCCUUUGUGAUUAUGCUUUGGCAGUGAAUGGGUUUUUUCAGUUCUAAAACUAAGUAUCUUGGUGUAUUUUGACAUUCAGCCCUUCGUUUGUAUUUAAGUCCUUGUUUAUAUUAAUUAAAUAACUUCA